AUUUCCAUUAGUUGCCCACCUCUAUUGUUUUUUACUAUCAACAUGAGCGCCGUAAACGAUCCGCUGGAAUUAUUGUCGAACAAGGGCAACCGCCAGUCCACUUUUCUGUCGCCAAUAUGGAAUCCCCUUGCCUGCGGAGUGGCCGGAGUGGGCGUGGCCAUUUUCGUUAAUUGGGGUUUCCGCAGACCCGUGUUUUCCGGCAUCCAGAAGCAUGUUGCCUUUGGAGUCCUCGGUCUCGUUGCCGGAUCAUAUUUCGAUCAGAAAAGGAACGACUAUUUGGCCAAAAGGGACGCCGUCCUCCGACACUAUAUUGAACUGCAUCCCGACGAUUUUCCUGUGAAAGAUCGCAAGACCUAUGGUCAAGUUCUGGAAAGUUGGGUCCCAGUUCGUUAAAUGGAUCGAAAUCCUAGUUGUGCAGCGAUCGAUGAAAAUAGUUAAUAAAACAGCUUUAAUUGUAAAACAUA